CCGUGGUUUCACACGCUGAAAGUAGAUCAACUGUGACAGAGAGAGAGAGAGAGAGAGAGAGAAAAAAACCAAGUGUCACUGCUCUAACUGUUCUUCGCUGAGGUUAACUCACAGAACAGUGUUGCCCUCGCAACAGGCACUUCUUUUCCGGUGCAACCUCAAACAGGCUAAAAAUGAUAAGAGUUAAAAAAAAGAAAAGAAAAAGGAAAACCAGCAGAAGCAGCGCAGUCUCAUGAAAAAGUCAACUCACGACACAUGCAGGGGAGAGCGUGAGAGGUAGAAGCAGAGGGAGGAACAGGAAGUCUGCCACUUUGCCACCUGUGAGCUGCACAUGAACACUAUUCAGUGACAGUUCACUGUUGUUACUCUGCAGGUCCCCGAUGGCGUCUGGUUCGGUCAGCAGAGAGGACGACCUGCCACCAGCACUGCCUCUCAAACAGCACAGAAGUCGUUCCAGCGUGGAGGCUGAGUGUGUUAGACUCAGUCCUGUGGAACUCCAGGCUCAAAACGACGCAUUCAGUGACGUCUUCAUUGAACCUACAGAUUGUCAUGCAGCCCAGUGCCCGAUACACCAGCGCUACGAUCCGUCUCGACACCAGGAGAGAUUUUUCUCAGACGGGACACCACCGCCUGUUCCAAAGAAGAGGUUUCUUCGCACCCUCUCUUUUCCUGCCACCAGUGCGUCUCCACAGUGUCCCUGGUCUCCCCUGUCUCUUGUGCAGAAGCACCCUCAGAACUACGACAACCCUCUGUACAUGCUGGCACCGGUAGCUGGCAGCUAUUUCCAUCAAUGUGGGAAAGAAGUUAAAACAGCAAGAAAGAGUCCUGUCCCCUCGCUGUCCCUCUCCCAACUGUCUUUUGACACCUCAGACGAACAUCUGCCACAACUCUUCGACAGCUUUGAUGACCAGACGGUUGUUUCUCAGGGGAUUCAGCAUUGCCAUGUACUCUUCCUGAGAAGGGUGGUGCAGAACAUGGAGGCUGGGAUCCUGCUGCAAGAUGAAGCCACAGACAAUCAUGCCAGGUCAUACCAGCCUCAGGAUUUCCUACUGAAUGAGGGCAGUCAGCCAAAGCAGAUUGGUAACAGUUUCUACUACAGCCUGCAGAGCCCCAAGUUCCCAGGGAGGCUGCUUGGCUUAAAGGUGCACAAGCAGACCAAUGAGAAUCCAACCAAACACCAGCUGUCACAUGUCAAUGUGCAAAAUGUGGUUGCUGUUUUCACACCCAGCAACAAACUGAAGAGGAGCGUUCCCACGACUCCUUUCAAACCGGGAUGCACUGCCGCUAAUCCACCAGACGGAGGCAGCACAGAGUAUUCUACAGAUCCUGCCAUCAGCAAUGUGACCACAGUGGAGUCUUUACUUGACAAAGGCAUCACUGUGAGUGUUGAGAGAGACCUGCCUCAUGCCACUCUGGAGGACUUUGUUCAGGACAGCAGCUCCCUGCAGAGUGCAGACUGUUUGCUUUGGGACAGACAGGUGUGUGUUUUGUUGCUGCAGAUAUUAAUGGCUUCACAACAUUUGUACAACACCAGUGCUACCGCAUCUGAGCUCAGACCCUGGGAGAUCUUUCUAGUGUGGUCCUGCAGAGAAAGGAGCGAGGGGGAAGGGUUCAAGAUCGGCAGAUUGAAAGAAGACAUGGAGUGGGAAGAGACGGCGAGUAAAGGGAGGACCCAGAUGUUAUGGAGGACACACGGUUCUCCUCGUGUUGUGUUAAACCCGCAGUCUUUGAGUCUGUCUGCAUCUCAUCCCCUUCCCUCCAUUAAGUCCCAGAUUGGGGCCCUGCUUCAAUACUGCUUGGCCCCACAAGAGCGCUUGAUCUCAUCUCUGGACUCAGAUCCAAGUCCAUCCAAGUCCUCGUACCAAAGAGGUCUUCUUCACCUGUCCUCACUGCUCCAGAAUGAGAGCAGCAGUCUCCAGAUUGUGGACAUGGUGGCCAUGCUUCAGGUGCUCCUCUGGGGCCCCAGUGUCACACUCUUUAAUGCUGAGAGGUCGGUGACAGCGGCAGUGAACAGCUGGCUGAUAGUCAAACGCGCUCUGCUGGUGAUGAAGCUGGCAGAGAGAGGGCUGAUGGGAAAUCAGGCUGCUGUGGACUGGGAUGACUGCAUGUGCCUGCAGUACCUGUCAUCCACAGACCCAGAGACAGUGGUGAGUGUGACCAGACAGCUGUUUGAAGACAGACCUACAUCUACAGGACGUCCGUCAAUGACUGUCCAGUAG